UCUCUUGCUGCAUCUAACCUCAAAGAAUAGUUGCGUAAAUCUGCAGAUAGGUUUGUUCAGUCUGGAUCUUGCCACUAAAAUUACACAUGGUUCUUAACAUGUGCAAAAGAGAAAACUCCAAGAGGAAGUUAGUUACUAAACACAGGCAGGCAGUCACUCUCAGUCAGGUUUGGGCAGUGGUUUGUGUGGUGAUAGGCAUCUACCUCCUACACUCAGCCUCUCAGCUCUGACACCCGGAAAGCAAAGUGAUGAUACAUUUGUGUUGUGCAAGGCACAAAUGUACAGAAGUAUUGAUGAGAGCUUCUAGUGAUGGUUUAUUAUCACUGUCAGAGGCACAGAGGAUACUUAGCUGUUUGGACGAACCUUUUAAAGAACCAGGCUGCUUUCCCCAUAUCCGUGACUCCUUCAAUGGCUGCCGAUGACUACAACCCUGUCUCCCUCCGACACAAAUCCAAGAAGAAGAGCCGAGGAGGCAAUGGUACGAUGAGCAGAAGACGGAUCUCGGUCAAAGAGCUCGGCCAGCCAGACCACCAGGGCUGGCUGUACAGGAAGAAAGAAAGCAAAGGCUUUCUGGGUAUGAAAUGGAAGAAGUACUGGUUUGUGCUGAAGAAGACUGCUCUCUACUGGUAUACCAACCAGCUGGCAGAAAAAGCUGAAGGCUACAUCGACCUCACAAACUUCAUGAUCGACAGAGCCAUCGAGUGCAAGAAGAAAUAUGCAUUCAAAGCUUGUCACCCGCAAGUUAUGAUGUUUUAUUUUGCUGCCGAGAGCUACGAGGACAUGAACUUGUGGGUGAAUAAGCUUGGGCUGGCCUCCAUUCAGUAUGAGCAAACAGAAGUAAACGCUUCGGCCGAGUGUUAUAGUGAAGCCAGUGAUCACGAAGAAGCUGAAACCACAGAGAUACCUCCUCCACCGUACUCUGAAAAGACCCUGCGGGACUCCUCGAAUGCCUCCGGUCCGCCUGGUAGCACACAUCAGGGUACCCUUCCUCCCCCUUACUCCUCUGCAGUCCCCAGCGAAGCUAACGGUUCGCUCUCCUCACCUGUCAGUACGAUCACAUCUCAGAGCUCCGCCUCUUCGCUCACCAAGCAAAGACAGUCCUGGUUGGACCUCGUCUCGCAGGCAUCUCCUUCUGCUGGGGAAACAGCAGUGGUGUGCUCAGCCCAGGUCCACUCGCAUCAGCCUCCACAAAAGGAGACGGCAGAGGAAACAAGGCUGGAGAACUUGGCCACCCAGGACUCCUCGGGCACUGAAUCUAAUGAGGAAACGCCUUCAGCUGAGGGGGAAGAUCAGAGGGAAGUUUUAAGGACGCAAAAUAAAGGCAAUCAUGAGAACGGCUCCGAUGAGAUGGAGAAGCUGUAUAUUCACCUGAAGGAGGCCAGUCUGUCGCCGAUAGGAGAACGUAAACCAUCCACGAAAAAGGAAUUUAGGACCUCCUUCGUAAGACGCUGCAAAAACCAGGCUGUCAAUGACAAGCUGCACCUUAUCAGGACACUCAACAGCACAUUAAAGGCGAAAGAGGCGGACUUGCAGGCAAUAGAACAGAUCCUGUCUGACCCGGAGCUUACCUCAGACAAGUUCAGAGAGUGGAAGGAGGCCAACGGACCUCUGGUGCAGGAGAUCUGUGUCACACACAUCCAGCAGGUGGCGUCAGAGGCCGCAAAGGCUGAAGCGUCGGUCAUAGCCGCUCCUGUGGUAGAGACCAGUUUAUAAAGACUCUUCAUGACUUUUUAUGGUGUUCGGACUCUGAGGACCUCACAGUCACAUACAUCAAAUACACACACACGCACACACACACACACACACUGCUGUUGGUUAUUCACUUGAGAACUCUGUUUAUAUUCAAGUUCUUUUCAACUAGUAGUUGGAUGAAUGAACUGUUGUUUUUAGUUCCAUGUGGAGACGAUAAGCAGCACACAUUAAAAUGUGAAAUGUGUCGUAGUAUUAUUUUUAUUGUUUAAUUUGUAGGUUUAGCAAUUUUUACAGCUGUUUGUUUUUAUAAUUUUAUGAACCUAUGUAUAAACUGUAUAUUUGGAACGGUGGAGUGCAUGGAAAUAAUGUCUCUGUUGUUCUCUGCAUGGAAACACUUUGAAUUUAUCUGUAGUGAAUUUUGUUGUUUUUAAACUAUUCACAGUCAGUUAUUGGUGCCAUGCACCUUCAGUGCCUGUUACACAUGUGUUACAGAAGCUUUUUCAAUAAUGUGUGUAUGUCGUCGCCCUAUAUUCAUGCUUAUUAGGAAGACUUUGCUGACUGAACACUAGGGCCUGCACUAACAGAAUAAAUGUUGGUCUCAAAUCAGAAUUUCUUCUUUUUUAAUACUCAAAAGUGUCAAAUUCAUGUGACUGUAAUGUAAUUUACUGCUGAAAUGUAGCGAUCGCCUCGUUUUUUGUGGAAGAUUUUUUUUUUUAAUCUUCUAAACCAAAACAAACUUUUUAAAUUAUUUCAGCUACACUGAUUUUUAUUUAUUUUUUGGUCAUUUCUGCCCAUGAACAUUGACAGUAUGAGGCAAAAUCUUGUCUAAAAUGUGACAGACUUUAUAACUGAUAACAUCUGUGCAUACAGUAUAUUGAAGUAAAGUGGGGAUUUAGCAGUAUUAAGGAUAACUCUCAGGAAAACGCUCCUGGAAUCAUACAAACAAGUCUGAAAGACCUGGUACAAGUUAGAUAAGUGGAUGGUUAUAAAUAAAUUCAGACAUUAUGUGACUGCACAGUAGGUUUGGACACCUCAGGCCGAACAGGAUUUUAAUAUAUGACAGGACCUACCAGAAUACAGAGGCAUUUUCCCCCUUAUGUAUCAUCUGUUGUAUAAGUUAAAAAAAAUGUAAAUAAUUGUGAAGGGAUGUGUGAUGUUUGUUCUUAAUUCUGGAAUGAAUGUGUUUGUUUUGUAUACAGGGAAAUAAAGUCAGAAAAGUGAACUUUA